AUGAAAGUGUUUACGUGUUAAGAUAUUGAGCAUGAGGGAGAAACCAUUUAAGGAUUUUGUUUAAACUUGAGAUGUUAGGAUUCAAGACCUCAGUUCUGUCUAUAAUGUGGAUUUGAUCCUAAGAAGCAUUCUAAUUGCAAGAAAGAUCUAAAAGGAUUUGGUUAAAUUUAAAGUUUUAUCACGAAAUUCAAUUAGAAUAUACUUGAUUUAGCAACAUAAUUGAAUAAAUCCUUUGCUAAAGUUAAAAGAGAAUAUGAAGAAUUCUCAAAAUAAUUGGAGAACAUGAAAACAUAAUUAAUUAAGAUAUCUGAAUGUUUAAGCUAAUAAGAUUAUUUAUAAAUGAAAGCCAAUUUGUAAGUGAUUAAAGAAUGGUACCAAUAUUUAAACAAUUAAGAGGAGAUUAUGAAGUAGAAUUAAAUUGGUAUAUUAUCUAAGUAAUAUUUAUAGGAACUUAAUUAUUAUUAUCAUCUUGAACUUAAAUAUCAGAGUUAGAAUAAAAAAAAUUAUUUAGGCAAUGGAUUUAGAUAAAGGAUAAUAAUAAAUUUUAGAUAUUUAGCAAGAUAAUGAAAAUGGACUCUACUAAGGUAUUCAAGUAUUUUUAAAUAAUAUUAGGAAUUUAAUUACUAAAUUAGUAGAAAUGGUAGGAGGCUAAUGAAAAAAUUACUUAAUACAUAAACUUGUCAGAGAAACAACAAUCCUUGGGAACAUUCUUUAAAUGCAUUUUGAUUCUAUUAUAUAUAUAUAGGUAUUACUUUAAUUGAAAUGAACUAACCUGGGUAAGGAAUAAUUAUGAGGGAAUAGGCGAAAAAGAUUAAUAAUAGCUUGUAUAGAGAUCUAUUAGAUUAUUCGGAUCAAGAAUUAAGGAAAAACCCAUAAAAUACUUUAAUUUUAAUUACAAAAAGUAAUUGAAACAUUAAUUUACAUAGGCUAUGCAUUAAGGGAAGAUAAGUAAUUUCAAUAGGCUAUUGAGUUAUGCGAAACUGUUUUGAGAGAUGAUCCUUAACAUCUACAUGCUUUGUAUAGAAGAAGUAAUCAUUGUAUAUUACAAAAUAGGCUUUUCUUUAGAUGAUUUGAAACAAUAUUCUUAAGCAAAUGUGUGUAUUGAAGAAGCUCUAAAAUUUAAUCUUUAGUAUAGUAUUGGUUAUUUUAAGAAAGGUAGGAUUAUUUGUUAAAAAUUUUAGGUUACUCCUUAGGAUUGGAAGGUAAAUAUCAAGAUGAAAUUCUUUGUUAUGAUAAAGCAAUCCAAUUAGAUCCAAAUUUUGCGAUGGCCAUUAAUAAUAAAGGUUUGUAAAAUUCUUAAUUGUAUUAGGUACUUCCUUACGUAAUCUUAACAAAUAUAACGAUGCAAUUGCUAGCUAUGAUAUUGCAAUCCAAUUAGAUCCAAAUUUUGCGAUGGCCUAUAAUAAUAAAGGUUUGUAAAAUUCUUGAUUGUAUUAGGUACUUCCUUACAUUAUCUUCACAAAUAUAAUGAUGCAAUUGUUUGCUAUGAUAAAGCAAUCCAAUUAGAUCCAAAUUUAGCGAUAGCCUAUAAUAAUAAAGGUUUGUUAAAUUCUUGAUUGUAUUAGGUACUUCCUUACAUUAUCUUCACAAAUAUAAUGAUGCAAUUGUUUGCUAUGAUAAAGCAAUCCAAUUAGAUCCAAAUUUAGCGAUAGCCUAUAAUAAUAAAGGUUUGUUAAAUUCUUGAUUGUAUUAGGUACUUCCUUACAUUAUCUUCACAAAUAUAAUGAUGCAAUUGUUUGCUAUGAUAAAGCAAUCCAAUUAGAUCCAAAUUUAGCGAUAGCCUAUAAUAAUAAAGGUUUGUUAAAUUCUUGAUUGUAUUAGGUACUUCCUUACAUUAUCUUCACAAAUAUAAUGAUGCAAUUGUUUGCUAUGAUAAAGCAAUCCAAUUAGAUCCAAAUUUAGCGAUAGCCUAUAAUAAUAAAGGUUUGUUAAAUUCUUGAUUGUAUUAGGUACUUCCUUACAUUAUCUUCACAAAUAUAAUGAUGCAAUUGUUUGCUAUGAUAAAGCAAUCCAAUUAGAUCCAAAUUUAGCGAUAGCCUAUAAUAAUAAAGGUUUGUUAAAUUCUUGAUUGUAUUAGGUACUUCCUUACAUUAUCUUCACAAAUAUAAUGAUGCAAUUGUUUGCUAUGAUAAAGCAAUCCAAUUAGAUCCAAAUUUGACGAUGGCCUAUAAUAAUAAAGGUUUGUAAAAUUCUUGAUUGUAUUAGGUGAUUCCUUAAAUAAUCUUAGCAAAUAUAAAGAUGCAAUUGUUUGUCUUGAAAAAGCAAUCCAAUUAGAUCCAAAUUUAGCGAUGGCCUAUAGUAAUAGAGGUUUGUAAAAUUCUUGAUUGUAUUAGGUACUUCCUUACAUUAUCUUCACAAAUAUAAUGAUGCAAUUUUUAGCUAUGAUAAAGCAAUCAAAUUAUAUCCAAAUUUAGAGAUGGCCUAUAAUAAUAUAGGUUUGUAAAAUUCUUGAUUGUAUUAGGUUUUUCCUUACAUAAUCUUAACAAAUAUAACGAUGCAAUUGCUAGGUAUGAUAAAGCAACACAAUUAGAUCCAAAUUUGACGAUGGCCUAUAUUAAUAAAGGUUUGUAAAAUUCUUGAUUGUAUUAGGUACUUCCUUACAUAAUCUUCACGAAUUUAACGAUGCAAUUGUUUAUCUUAUUAAAGCAAUCCAAUUAGAUACAAAUCUUGCGAUGGCCUAUAAUAAUAAAGGUUUGUUAAAUUCUUGAUUGUAUUAGGUACUUCCUUAUAUAAUCUCCAAAAAUAUAACGAUGCAUUUGUUUGCUAUGAUAAAGCAAUCCAAUUAGAUCCAAAUUUAGCGAUGGCCUAUAAUAAUAAAGGUUUGUAAAAUUCUUGAUUGUAUUAGGUACUUCCUUACAUAAUCUUAACAAAUAUAACGAUGCAAUUGCUAGCUAUGAUAUUGCAAUCCAAUUAGAUCCAAAUUUUGCGAUGGCCUAUAAUAAUAAAGGUUUGUAAAAUUCUUAAUUGUAUUAGGUACUUCCUUACAUUAUCUUAACAAAUAUAACGAUGCAAUUGCUAGCUAUGAUAUUGCAAUCCAAUUAGAUCCAAAUUUUGCGAUGGCCUAUAAUAAUAAAGGUUUGUAAAAUUCUUGAUUGUAUUAGGUACUUCCUUACAUAAUCUUAACAAAUAUAACGAUGCAAUUGCUAGCUAUGAUAUUGCAAUCCAAUUAGAUCCAAAUUUUGCGAUGGCCUAUAAUAAUAAAGGUUUGUAAAAUUCUUGAUUUUAUUAGGUACUUCCUUACAUUAUCUUCACAAAUAUAAUGAUGCAAUUGUUUGCUAUGAUAAAGCAAUCCAAUUAGAUCCAAAUUUAGCGAUAGCCUAUAAUAAUAAAGGUUUGUUAAAUUCUUGAUUGUAUUAGGUACUUCCUUACAUUAUCUUCACAAAUAUAAUGAUGCAAUUGUUUGCUAUGAUAAAGCAAUCCAAUUAGAUCCAAAUUUAGCGAUAGCCUAUAAUAAUAAAGGUUUGUUAAAUUCUUGAUUGUAUUAGGUACUUCCUUACAUUAUCUUCACAAAUAUAAUGAUGCAAUUGUUUGCUAUGAUAAAGCAAUCCAAUUAGAUCCAAAUUUAGCGAUAGCCUAUAAUAAUAAAGGUUUGUUAAAUUCUUGAUUGUAUUAGGUACUUCCUUACAUUAUCUUCACAAAUAUAAUGAUGCAAUUGUUUGCUAUGAUAAAGCAAUCCAAUUAGAUCCAAAUUUAGCGAUAGCCUAUAAUAAUAAAGGUUUGUUAAAUUCUUGAUUGUAUUAGGUACUUCCUUACAUUAUCUUCACAAAUAUAAUGAUGCAAUUGUUUGCUAUGAUAAAGCAAUCCAAUUAGAUCCAAAUUUAGCGAUAGCCUAUAAUAAUAAAGGUUUGUUAAAUUCUUGAUUGUAUUAGGUACUUCCUUACAUUAUCUUCACAAAUAUAAUGAUGCAAUUGUUUGCUAUGAUAAAGCAAUCCAAUUAGAUCCAAAUUUAGCGAUAGCCUAUAAUAAUAAAGGUUUGUUAAAUUCUUGAUUGUAUUAGGUACUUCCUUACAUUAUCUUCACAAAUAUAAUGAUGCAAUUGUUUGCUAUGAUAAAGCAAUCCAAUUAGAUCCAAAUUUAGCGAUAGCCUAUAAUAAUAUAGGUUUGUAAAAUUAUUGAUUGUAUUAGGUUUUUCCUUAAAUAAUCUUAACGAAUAUAACGAUGCAAUUGUUUGCUAUGAUAAAGCAAUUCAAUUAGAUUCAAAUUUUGCGAUGGCCUAUAAUAAUAAAGGUUGUAAAAUUCUUAAGUGUAUUAGGGACUUCCUUACAUAAUCUUAACAAAUAUAAAGAUGCAAUUGUUUGCUAUGAUAAAGCAAUCGAAUUAGAUCCAACUUAUACAAAUGCUUAUUUUAAUAAAGGUUUGUAAAAUUCUUGAUUGUAUUAGGGGAUUUAUUAUAAGAAAUCAAGAAUUACUCUUUAGCUCUAAAGACUUAUGAACAAGCAAUCUUAUAUUGCCAAUACGAUUAGGUGAACUUUAAAUGUCUAAUUGCUGAAUUAAAAAAUAAAAAAUGA